UUAUUUUUAGAACGCCAUUUCACUGUAUCACGGCAGGUGACAUAUUAAUAUUAGACGUUUAAAUACAAAGUAUUUAUAUGGUUCUGUCAGAACUGAAGAUAUAUAUUUAAAGAUAAUUCCACUAUAGCUGAACCAUGUCAGGAAGAAGAAAGAGGACAUUGCCACCAUGGUUACAAGGUGUCACUGUGAAGAAAGGUGUACCUGUGAAAAAACCUUCUACAGAUACCAGGAAUAGUCAAGGAAGCAAUGUUGUUGAAAUAAAUGAGAAGGAAAAAGAUGCAACUCGGAAACAAGAUGAAAAAUCUGAGAUCAGAAAAGAAGAGAAAGACUUCAAACUUGAUAAGGAACCAACAACACAUGAGACAAAGAAAGAAAUAUGUGUAUCAGGACCUAAACAGAAACAAGAAAAUGUAGAUGACGAGAAGUGGUGUAUUGAGAAAGCUGUAGAAAUGUCAUAUAAAGAAUUUUGUUUCCAAGGAACGAUAAUAUACUCGCACAAUAUAGAUGAUUGUAAUAUAUUAUGUGAAGACAUUAUUACUAACCUGGAAUCAGACUCUGACACUAUCGUAGGAUUCGACACAGAGUGGCCAGUUACAUAUGUUAAAGGAAAACAAGAAAAGACAGCAUUAAUUCAGAUAUGUUUGUCGACAUCUAAGUGCUACCUCUUUCAUAUUUCAUGUAUGCCCAAAUUCCCAAUCAUGCUCAGGAAGCUUCUAGAAAACCAUAGUGUGAAAAAAGUAGGACUGAACGUCGAGUAUGAUUUCUGGAAACUUGAUGUAGAUUUUGACAUCAAAGCCAAAGAAAUUAUACAAAAGAGCCUGAUUGAGUUAAAGACAUUAGGGAACAAGAAGUUGAGGUCUGCAGAAAACUGGAGUUUAGAGGGACUGGCUCGGAAUGCACUUCAUGUAAGGAUUAGUAAGGACCCGAAUGUGAGAACAUGUGACUGGAGACAGUUUCCGUUACCUGAGCUACAGCAGAGAUAUGCUGCUACUGAUGCCAUUGUUUCUCUAAUGCUGUACCAGAAACUUAUAUCAAAAUAACUGAAAACAAGAGAUUUGAAACAUACUUGCUCUGAGAUUUAGUAAAAUCUUUCAUUUUUCGUUAUGAUAAAAAUGGUAAUAAUUUGCCUAUGUCACUAGUAAGUAUAAAGUUAGGCAAAUCUGCUGUGAUAUUUUUGAACAGAAUUAUCAAUCAAGUAUGAAAGUAAGACUAAGUGGUGCAGUACAUUAUUUUAUUAAAUAUGAUAGCAGGCUUGCUACUAAAACAUACAUUUAAAAAAAAAAAAAAGGUUGAAUACAUAACAUUUGUUUUUAUGCCCCCGAAGGGAGGCAUAAUAUAAUCGCACCAUCUGUCCGUCUUUCUGUCCGACUUCAUUUGUGUCCGGACUGUAACUUUGUCAUUGAGGGAUUUUGAAAUAACUUGGCACAAAUGUCUACCACAUCAAGACGCUGUGUCGCAUUCAAGAACCACAUCCCUACCUCAAAGGUCAAGGUCACACUAUCAUUUUGAAGUUUCACAUUAUCACAAUUAGAGUAAUAAAUAGGUACACACAUUCGUGUCCGGACUAACUUUGUCAUGCAUUGAAUGAUUUUAAAAUAACUAGGCAUAAUUGUCUACCACAUCAAGACCAAGUGUCACAUCUAAGAAUUAUGUCUUUACCUCAAAGGUCAAGGUCACACUAACAUUUUGAAGUUUCACAUAAUCACAAUUAGAAUUAAUAGGUACAUAAAACCUAUAAUCCUGUCCAGGCUGUAACUUUGUCAUGCAUGGAAGGAUUUUAAAAUAACUUGGCAUAAAUGUCGCAACAUCAAGACGAUGAGUCAUGUCCAAUAAUCACGUCCCUACCUCAAAGGUCAAGGUCACAAUACCAUUUUGAAGUUCACUUUAUCACAGAGUUUAUAGGUACUCACAUUCAUGUCCGUGCUGUAACUUUGUCAUGCAUCGAAGGAUUUUAAAAUAACUAGGCAUAAAUAUCUACCACAUCAAGACAACAUGUCAAGACAAAGACCAAUGUCCCUACUUUCAAGGUCAAGGUCACACUUAUAGCUUGAAGGUACUCAUUCUCUCGAGAAGAGUUUGAAGAUACACAUUCAUGUCUGGCCUGUUACUUUGUCAUGCAUGGAAGGAUUUUAAAAUAACUUGGCACAAAUGUCUACCACAUCAAGACACUACAUGUAUGUUGCGGCUAAGGGUCAUGUCCUUCUGUCUGUGUGUCCCCACUUACACAACAAUCAUGUCCAGACUGUAACUUUGUCAUACAUUGAGGGAUUUUGAAAUAAUUUGACACAAAUCUCUAUCUCAUAACAUUUUGUCACAUCCAGGAACCAUGUCGCUUCUUCAAAGGUCAAGGUCACACUUAUAUUUUGAAGGUUCAUGCGAUCACAAUUAGAGAUUACAGGUACAAUAAUACAAAGAAUAAUAUUCAGCAAUUAGUUACUUUCAUUCUCUUUUCUUUUCAUAAUACCUGCAUGCUUAAAAAACCUUUUUGGGGGCAUUCGUUGCUUGGGUGACAGCUCUUGUUAACUCAAAAAUUAAAAACGUCACGGCUGUAUUAACAAUAUUAUACCCAGAUUCAUUUUUUUUUUCAUGUAUAUUAUCUUAAGAUAUUGUUGAAAUAAAUAAGCAUAGUAGCAUGUUGCUAUACAUUGUACUUUGUUAUAAUGAAAUUACAGCAAGCCAACGUGAUUUAGCAUAUAACUCAUACAGAUGACCAUGUUGUUUUUCAUUUUUUAAUUGUUUUUUUUUAAGUUUAUCCAACAAAUCUUAAAUACAUGUAUAUUCCUUUAUCUUUUCAUACAAGUUGUUUUAAAUAAGACAAAAUAAGUUGUAUCAUUCACUCAUUGAUUCUUCACUAGGCCAGACUUUAUCAACACUUAAUAUACUGAUAAAAUACAGGUAAAAAAAUGUUGUUUCUUAUAAUUAAAUGAAUUAUAUUAUUAGGUCUAUAUAUCAAUGAAAUGGAUUUUUUAAAAGUUUUAUAUUUAAUAAAUUGUAAAAGCCAAUGGAUUAAUGUAUACUGUAGCUUGAAAUUUUUAAGACAUGUAUCUGAUUAUCAGUAAUUAUAUAAAUGUAUACAUAUAAUUUAUUAAAUGAUCAUUUAUUUUGUUACAUUUUACAAAUUGUUGACAUUUAAUUUAUACAUUGUGUUCUAAUGAUUCAAUUCAUUGACAAUAAAACUUUAUAUUUUAAAUGUGUAUUGUUUAAUU